UGUACAUGGACUAGUGGUCAAACCUGGCAACUGCGACAUUUCUAUAAAUAACCACAAAAGCUCAAAUUUGAAGAAAGAGAAAGGAAAAAAAAAAUCAAAGAUCUAAACAAUAGAAGAAUGAUGAAGAAGCAAGUGACAAUAGUGGCGGCUCUUCUGAUUCUGGUGGCUUUAUCUUCCAAUUUGGAUAUGGUUGCUGAGGCUCAGUUAGGCCCUGGAGACUGCUACGACGGUUGCUCCACCGCCUGCGUCCAGCGCGACUCGAGAAAGACGUCCCGAUGCGAUCGCAAGUGCUCUAUUCGGUGUGGCCCAGAUGCUAAAAAGGCAGGAGAGACUGGUGCUUAAACUUUGAUAUUUACUAAGAUCCAUAUUUUGGAUUUAAUAAUGUUGUAAUCUUCGUUUCAAAAUUUUAUCUCUGCAAAACAUAUUACGUAUUGUUUAUGUUGUUAUUGUAGUCAAUAACCAAUAAUUGCUGCUCCGAUGUUCCAUUUAACUACUAGUAUUACCAUAUGUAUUAACUUUGAAAUGUAAUGAAAACUGGUCGAACUACGAUCCAACGAUUCAAUGUUCCA